UCAUACAAUAUUCAAAUUAUAAAAUGGUUUACUUGAUUUUGACUUCAGAUGUUGCAUAAUCAUUUGUUUCCUUAACAGCAAAUGCUUCUUGCAUUCAACUGAAAUUGGUUCUAUAUAUAUACAUUUAAGAUUGCAGUCUGAGAUGAUGGGGAUGAAGAGGAGGAGAUCUAUCACACACUCAUUACCAAGCACUUAACAUACUUCAAGGAGAGGAAAACUGAAGAUUGGUUAACAUCUGACAAAAUCUAUCUGAUAUUGAAAGAUCCAACUAGUUGAAAACAAGUUCUUUCCACUUGAACUUUCUACUUUUCACUAUGGUUGGCUGACUGUGAGACCAAUCACAAUAAUUUAUUGUUUAGUUAUUGGGCCAUAUCACUAUACAAAAAAAAUACAGUACAAUCUCUGUAUUUUAAUCUCUAUAAUCUCUGCAAUGGUGGAAAUGAUUCUGAUUGGACUGAAAUCGGACAUUCUAGCUAAAAUAUGCAAUUUGAACUUUGUAUUUGCUGAUCUUCUUGCUAUAGCUAUUAUUUGCCGCUUUGCUGUUUCCAAUGCUUCCUUAAUUUUCCUCAUUUCUAGGUGAUAUUUCUUUAUUAAAUAUUUCAUGAUGUUCUUGUUCUUUAGCUGUUUUUUCUUUCAUCUGUUUUAGCUUGCUUCAUCUUCCUUAGGUUGCUGAUCUUAUUUUCCAGACCAAUCAUCCAUUUUGGUGAUGCACUAUUUGGCUUUUUUUCUUUUUUGCCAAUUUUGGAUCCCACGUAUUCAGUUAUAACUGUAGCCAUGCUGUACGUUCAUUGGUUUGUUUUUUGCUGGUGCUUGUAUUUGAUUUUGCAAGAUUGACAUCUUUUAAUAUUUGUGCUAGCAAGUUUGGAACAAACUUCAAUGCAGGAAAGCUUAUUUUGUUGUUUUUGUGCUGUUCUAGAGGCCAGUUAUUCUUUGUUUCAAUUCUUUUUUAGAGGCCUUUGUUCUUUCUGAGAAAGCAGAGAAGAGGGUGCUUGAUUGGGAAUGAAAAUGAUUCAAUAGGUAUGCUGGCUUCCUCUACUGGGGACUCCCCCGAUUUGCCUCUACAAUCUGAGCUACUUCUGGCAAAGCUUUGAUUCCUUUGCUCUGGGUAGACUUUUGCAGUUCUUCUAGUUGUGUUUCGAUGAAUACUUUUUUCAGAUUAUAAAUCAAACUUUAACUACUAGAUUCUAUUCUUCUAUUUCCGAUUUUGGAUGUUUUUUUUCCAGAACUGGUGCAUUCUUUCCAAAUAUCGUCUUCUCAUUGGAUUGAUUUGUAAAAACAGAACAUUAUUUCUUUGUUUUCAAUCUUGGUAUAUUUGCAGUAAAUAACACUUUUUCUUUCAGUGGUGCUGCAGCUGUUAGCUUUGGUUGCUACAGGGUUGCUCAGGAUGUGAACCCUGUAGCCUAUUUAUCAUUAGAUAUCCAGAAAACCCAACACCUAAUACAUUCCUUAUUGAUGACCAUCAGGUACGGGUUUCUGUAAAUUAUAUCAUAUUGUUUAUGGGAGAGACACUCUUUGUCUGGCUCCUCUGAAGAGACCUGUGCAAUAUGGUUGAACCUCUGGCAUAGCUUCUAUCUUCCUCAGAGCACACAAGCCCCACAACCAAAUCAUUGGGGAUUAUUAUUAUUCAUAAAUCACUACAGGAUGAAGCCAUUGACAGUUGUGGACUGUAAUCUUACCACACUGCUCCAGCUGGUAGAUGCAUGCUUCCCACCCCCAUAGGUCUUUUUUGUUUGUUUGGACUUCCCAGUGUAGCCUGAGAGAGACUGACUGUCCCAAAGUCACCCAGCUGGUUUCUUUGCUUAAAGGAAUUAGACUCUGCUCUCCCACGUCCUAGCCCAGUAUCUUAACCACUAUUCCUCACUGGAUGUGUUAAUAGGGAUAACGUCAUUGUAAAUACAGGAGCCUUGUUUCAGUAUUAUCUCUCAUUUUUCCUUUUUAAAGAGUGUUUUUGUUCACCUAAAUCCCGCAAUUCUAUACCCUGAACAUGGAAAUCCUGCAGACUUAAAUUCUUGGAGGAGGAAAGAAAGAGUCGUGGGACAAUCCAUUCAGCGGUGCUUGAUUUGAUUCUCCCGAUCCUCUCCAGGCUGUCGUCUCCAUCGACCAAGCGGAAAGCGAUUAAUUUUCCCUUUCCCGGUUCGUCAUUCUUUUUCGCCCAACCAACGCAAAGGCCGCUGCAUCGUUCGUUCCGCCUAUUCCUAAUCCGGCGCACAAAGGCAACACUAUUUUCCCUUCCGCUCGACCGACGAGCGCGAUAAUCAACUGGCUUCCCUGGUCUUCCAUUUUGUGGGGGACAACAGAUGCCGGAAAAGUGGUGACUUUCUUUAAACGAAGAAAAGCAUGGAAAUGGCAACUGUACUUUGUAACAGAGCUAGACUGGUGACAUACCUGCCAGGAUUUUAUUCGUUGGUUAGAAGGGUUAUAACUCCCAAGGCUUUUUCCACAGCAGGAUCCUCUGGCUCAGAUGAGCCUUCUGUUGCUGCUGCACCUCCUGACAUAUGUCCCAAAACUGUGUGGCCAGAUGAAGUGAUGGGACCUUUUGGUCCUCAGGACCAAAGAUUUCAGCUACCUGGUAACAUUGGUUUUGACUGUCACCUAAAAGGUACAUCACCACAGAAAACAGGACAAGUUCAUAAAAAAAUGCCUGAUCUAUUGAUGGAACCCUUGGCAAGUGAAAGGCAUGAAUUUGUAAUGGCCCAGUAUGUCAACGAGUUCCAGGGCAAUAAUGCUGUUCACAAGGAAGACAUUGCCGAUGCCAAAAGUUACUUUGAAACUGCCAAAGUAGAAUGUGCGAUACAAGCAUGCCCAGAACUGUUGCGCAAAGAUUUUGAGUCAAUGUUUCCAGACGUUGUUUCCAAAAACAUAACAGUACUAACGGUAACGCAGAAAACUGUAAAUGAUAUGACUGGGUGGAGUGGAGAGGUAGAAAAUGAGCGAGAAGUCCUCAUUGAAAAUUUUAUCAAUGGUGCUAAGGAAAUUUGCUAUGCUUUGUGUUCCGAAGGCUACUGGGCAGACUUCAUUGAUCCGACUUCAGGAUUAGCAUUCUUUGGCCCUUACACAAACAACACUCUUUUUGAAACUGAUGAACGGUAUCACCAGUUAGGAUUUCUUGUGGAAGACCUAGGCUGCUGUAAAGUUAUUCGGCAUAAUCUAUGGGGAACUCAUGUACUAGUUGGAAGCAUAUUUACCACUGCUAACCCUGACAGCCCUAUCAUGAAGAAGCUGCGUGGGAAUUAAUAGCACCUUUUCACUUAAAAGUUGGUGAAUAAACAUGAUUGGCGAUAGAUAGAUAGAUAAAGUAUGCUGAUUUAUAGAUAGGAAAAGUUCUAUUAUUUAUUCUAGGUUUUGUAGCGUAUGAUUUAUAUACCAAUACAACAUUUUAUUUUUGAGAUCAUAUGUGUGUGCGUGUGUGUGUACAUGCACAGGCACACACACACACACAUCUCUGAAAUCCUGAGAUCAUUCAUAUAAAUGAAACACCCUCAGCAAUUUUACUUGAGAAUACAAAUCUUCAAGACUUUUAUGUUACUUUGGUUACACAUCUUUGGUUACAACAUUGAAGAAGGAAAAUGAGGUUGCACAAUUGUCUCAGUAAAAGAAAUAACUAUCUCAACUAUUUUCAUGUUUACCAGAACCAGUAUUAUAUUUGUUUGAAUAUUACCACAAUAACUCAACUUGAUUAUUGAAAGAUUGUGAUCCACUUGGACUCUCUUGCAACUAAUGAUAAAAGAUAAAGCAACAUAACACUGUUGUGUGUUACAGUGCAACGUCUGAGGCGCAAUUCACCUCUUGAAUCUAGCUUGCCACGUUGUGGUUCACUCUUGAAUACUUGUAUGGAUUGAAUUCUGUUAGCAAAUAAUUAUCAUCUCAUGAGGCAUUACGAGAGAUCACAGAUUGCUGUUUUGUUUCUCUAAGUACACGGUACAUUACAGUUGCCCAACGCAUCAGUUUAUAUUGAAUAUCUCUAGUAUAGGAUGUCUCAGGUUAACAUUCCUCAGCUGGGAUUCAGGUUGUAGUAUCAGUUAAAUGCAAUAGCUAUUUAGUGAGCUUCUACAAUAAUUCAUGGUUACAUUGAUGAUUUGAGAUCCAGGUCAUUGUGCAACUUGACUGCAGAGUGAUGUAUAAUAUUGUUUGUAUAUGUGUAAAUAUAUCAUUUGAAAAAAAUUUCUGUGAUUUUGUUUACAAUAAUUGAAGAUUCUAUAUAUGAACAAACACUUCUAUAUGCUAAAGCUUGAUUUAUGGAUGCUAUAAAAUAAGGAAAUGGUAAAUGAUCUAAUUGGACUGGACAUUUUCUAUUGAAAACGUGUUAAAAUGUUUUAAAUGCAUCGACAAACUGUAAUGCCUAUGGAACCACAAAGCAACACCGUCUUAUGUGGCAGACUGUUCCUGCCUCACCUCCUUCACACUCUUCAUGAAGAGUGAAGCUAGGUUGAGGUACCGUGUUUCCUCAAAAAUAAGACCUGGUCUUUUUUUUUCUUUUUUUUUUGCCUCCAAAAGAGGCACCAAAUCUUAUUUGGGGGGAGGUGUAUUUUCCACUCACCUCCGGCACCGACAGCCCCACCCAGCCGGCCCACAUCAUCUGCAGCCGAAGGAGCAGCUUCAUUCUGUAGCUGAGAAUGGAGCUCCGGCCUGCAUUUCACAGGGCCUCUGCAGCUGAGAACCGAGCUAUGGAUUGAAUCCGUAGCUUGGUUCUCGGCUGCAGUGGCUUUACGGAAAGGCCUCUGACUGCGAAAUGCAGGUCGGGGGACGCUGCAGAAGAAGCGGGCUGUCGAGGAGAGGCCUGGCUGCAAGUUAAGUGGGUACGGGGCGCAUGGGGCAGCUCCACUCCCCCGCCCUGAUUUUUAGGUGUGUGCCUCACCCCAAAACUAGGCUUAUUUUUGGGUUAGGGCUUAUAUUAGGCCCACCCCCAAAAAUCAAGUUAAGGCUUAUUUUGAGAGAGAAAAAACAAGUCGGAAAAUAGAAUUUGUUUCCGUCAAAUGCUUACAUGGGAAGAGUUUAAUUUUCUGUCAGACCACUCAAAUGGCAGAGCACUGAUCACUUCAUUUUGCUGAAGGCCUCAACCAGCCUUCAAUUUCUUAGCAAAUAGUUGUAGUAAAGUUGUUCCAGAUAUUGCAUUAUGAAUAGUUUGGAUUUGUUUGGCACAUUCUAGGGCAGGUAUGUAUUGUUACUGAUUGUAGCAUCAUGGGAAGCUACCUUGGGAGCAGUGGUAUUGCACAAUUCUGCUCAUUUGCCUUUAAGGAGGAAAGACUUUGCAGGAAGGAAAGAUCUGGGGGUUUUUUUUCUUACUUUUUUUAUAUAUUUAUGUGGAUAAGAUAGAGAAAUAUUUUUUCUUCCUCCAGAGAGGGAAAGAUAUUGCCUAUCAAAUCAGUUACUGUAAGAUGAUCAGAAGAAAGCAGAUCUUUGCCAAAAUCAAAUUUUUAAAGCUAUCCAUUUCAUGACAUAAACUUUUAUUUAUUUUUAUCUUAUUUUACAAAUAUUGGCAGACUGCUAUUUAGAAAUCAUUAACUAUAAAUUUAGGUAUAAUUUGAAAUCUGCUAUAUGUACACCUAUUUUUAUACUGAAUAAAUGUUGAAACAAGAAA